AUGAUUGUCAUAUUUGGUGGAGCUUUCUUUGCGUUAGGGAAUAUCAAUCCCUCACCUGAAUUGAGUAUAUAUGGUGACCCAAAAACAGCUGAUGUUAGGUACAUGUCUGGAGCUGAUAUCACUGUUGUUGGGAUAAACAUCAGUAGCCAAUUUAAGCUAACAUGUGAGUGA